AUGUGUUUGCGUGACGCAACCAGGUUACUCGCCGUUCCAGCAGGAUGGGUCACAGUAUGUCGGUCCGCGACAGCCAGAGCGCGCUGCUUCACCACAACCACGCGCUAUGAGCAAGUGUCGUCUCCAGAUUUUAAAGACGUGAAUGCGCCUGUGCCACCAAUGCAGCAAGCACCGAUGCAGGAGUUGCCGUUGCGCGUCCCGUACGCACACCAACGUAAGCUUGCUAUUCACAAGUUUAAUGGCACGGAACUGUACUAG